AUGAUUCCGACCAACUUUCAAUAACAUCCUAGCAAGGUAAUAAUUUUAUUUAUGUUUUUAGAUUUAAGUCUUACAAAGACCUUAAAGUUAGUUGCCGAUAAACCUUCCAUCAUCGUUUUAAUAACAAAAAUAUGAAUAUAUAAACAUUUAGUAAUAAAAAAUUGCAAAAUAACCUGUUAGAUAAACUCUCCAAUAUCAAAUAAAUCCUCAUAUUAAUUAAUUAUAAUUCUAAUAGGGUAAUUUAGUGUAGCAAACUCAAUUAGGAUAAUAAAUAACUUAUUACCCUAAUGUAUAAAGUAUAUAAAGAACUAAAUUUGUUUAAAAGAACAUAAAUUAAUAAAACAAUGAAAUGAUUCAACAAAAAAAUGAUAAGUAAAAAUAAAAAUAGAUAUUUGAUUUUAAUGUAAGUUUAUUAGAAAUAAAACCUCUAUAUAAAUAAGUCAAACUAUUCCCUAACAAAGCAUAAUAUUUACCUGGAAUUUUAAGUAUAAAAGUAGAAGAUUAAGCUAUUAUCAAAGAUCCUGAAAAUGUAUAUUAUGGAAUAGAUUUGGUAUUUAUUUUUUAAUUUAUGUUUAGGUUUGUUUGAUUGAUAUUAGUGCAAGUAUGAUUGGAGGUAAAAUUCAUAUGGUUAAAUAAUCUUUAAUUGUUUUACUUCAAUCUCUUGGAGUUUAAGAUAGACUACAAUUAAUAAUAUUUGAUGAUUAUGCCCAUAGUUUAACACCAUUAAUAAAUGUAACAAAACAGAAUAAAAUUUAUUUUACUUACAUUAUUCAAUAAAUUGAGGCAAAUGGAGGUAAUUGUAUUUUAGAAGCUAUUAAAAUGGCAUUUUGCUAAUUAAAAAAUAGAGAACAUAAAUAAUAUCAGACACUUAUUUUCUUAUUUUCUGAUGGUAUUGGUUUUACUUUUCCAGAAAUUAAGGAGUAAAUAAAGACAUUUUAGGAAGUAUUUCCUUUACAUACAUUUGGUUUUGGAUAAGAUCAUGAUGCUCGUAUGAUGACUUAAAUUAGUGAUUUAACAUGUGGAAGUUUCUAUUUUGUUUAGGAUUUAAUAUUUUUGGAUGAAUACUUUCAAGAUGCUUUGGGAGGGGUUCAUUCAGUUUUUGGAGAGGAAUUAGAAAUAACAAUUACUUCUUAAGCAUCUCCUCCCUAUUAGAAUAUUUAAAUAUUUAAAAUUUAUGACGAUAGAUGUCAAAAGAAAGGAAAUCAAUAUUAUAUCAGAUAUAAUAUUAUUCCUUUGGAAACCAGAAUAGAUUUUGUUUUUGAACUGGCUCUUCCUAAAUUUUAAGGUAGAGUUUAAGACUAUCCAAGAUCUAUUGGGGUUUUAUUUGCAGAAUUAAAAAUUAAAGAUUUUACUGAUGGAUAUACUAUAACAAAAAGAGCAAGCCUUGAUUUAAAUUUAUUUAAUUUUGACGAGUAAAUCACCGAAAAUAUUUAUCCAGAUCUUUAUGUUUAUACAAGGUAUUUCAGAGCCAAAGGAACAGAAGUAAUUGAUGAAGCAAUAAAAGCUUUUGAAUAAAAUAAGAAGGAGGAUGCCUAUAAAUUAAUUGAUAAUUUGUUGAUACAGAUUUAAAAGAAUCCAGAUGUUGCUGCUUUAUGUACAAGAAUUAUUUAAGAUUUGUAAAAAGCAAAAUAAGCAUCUGCUAGAUCAUCAUUUAGUUGUGAUGCCCAGAGAUAUUUUCUUGAAAUGGACAGUAAUAAUUAUCAAAAUGAAGGAUUUAAUUCUAUGUUUUCUAACCAAGGAAUUCCAUUUUAAGAAAAUUAGCCAGCUGCAUACUAGAAUAUUUAAUAAUAAUAGAUGAUGGUUUAAAUGCAAAAAUAAAAACCUAAUUGCAUGCAAUAUUGA